GCCGCAGCCGUUAGUAGUAAGGACUAUGUAAAGAUGGCGGAGCUACAGAUGCUGCUGGAGGAGGAAAUUCCUGCGGGACGGAGAGCGUUACUGGACAGUUUUACCAAUCUGGAAAGAGUAGCGGAAUACUGCGAAAGCAAUUAUGUCCAGUCUGCAGACAAAGAGCAAGCACUGGAGGAGACCAAGAGCUACACCACCCAGUCUCUGGCCAGCGUCGCCUACCUUAUCAACACGCUGGCCAACAAUGUGCUGCAGAUGCUCGACAUCCAGGCCUCGCAGCUCCGCCGCAUGGAGAGCUCCGUCAACCACAUCUCACAGACGGUCGACAUCCACAAGGAGAAGGUGGCGAGGCGUGAGAUUGGCAUACUGACCACCAACAAAAACACAUCCCGCUCCCAUAAAAUCAUCGCCCCAGCCAAUCUGGAGAGGCCGGUGCGCUACAUCAGGAAGCCCAUUGACUACAGCGUGCUGGACGACACUGGACAUGGAGUCAAGUGGUUGAUGAGGUUCAAGGUAAAUGGCCAGCAGAGUCUGAAACUUGGAGGAGGUCUGUCCCGGACUAACCCCCCGACCCAGAAACCACCCAGCCCUCCAAGGGCGGGGAAAGGAAUCUUGGGGCACAAGAACUCCCCCUACAGGACACUGGAGCCGGUGCGCCCUCCCGUCGUGCCCAACGAUUACGCCUCAAGCCCGACAAGAAACAAUGCGGGUGCUGGACAGCUGCCGAGUCCGGUCCGCACCGCCACCCUGAACCAGCGACCCCGAACGUACAGUGGCAGCAGCGGAGGCAGUCACCCCAGCAGCAGCAGUCGCAGCAGCAGCAGGGAGAACAGUGGCAGCGGCAGCGUGGGCGUUCCCAUCGCCGUGCCAACACCAUCACCGCCCUCCACCUUCCCAGUCUCCCCGACUGCUGGACCGUCCAGCUCUUCCUCCACAGCUCCAAACUCCUCCCCUUCUCCCUCGCCCACCCCUUCCUCUUUCUCCUCUUCCUCCUCCACCACCACCUUAACCCAACCUAAUGCGCCCCUACCACCAAACUCACCCGCACACCAAUCCGACUCGUCUCCUCACACAAGCUCCCAAACAAACGUACUGAACACCAACACCUCCCCGCCUUCWAACCCUUCUCCCAGCACCUCUGAAGGCCAGCCCCAGCUGUCUUCUCUUCCUCUUCCUGCUCCUCCUCCUUCACUCUCCUCCUCUUCAUCACCUGCUGAAGGUCCCUUUGUCCCCCAGUUCUACAGYAUGAACCGGCCCCAGCCUCGACAACAGACCCCACAAGUGGGCGGGUCACUUCCAUAUCGCCGACCCCCUUCUGUGAAUGGUCAGCCGAUUGCCAACCACGUCAACGGAGGACCCUACUACAACCAGAGCCCAGCCUCGCCUCCGCCCCCAUCGCUCCUGCAGUUCACCCCUCAGCUGCCUCUUAUGGGUUUCGUUGCUCGAGUUCAAGAAUCUAUUACAGACGGUCCUCUUCCUCCUCAACCGUCAGCAGACACGCCUUCGGGGCCGGAUGAGACUCCGUCCACCCCGAAACCUUCGGAGGACGGACAUGGUGAGGAAGACUCUAAAGUAGUGGAGUACAGCGAUCCGUACGCUGAAGAGGACCCGCCAUGGGCCCCCAGAAGCUACCUGGAGAAAGUGGUGGCUGUGUAUGAUUACACCGCAGACAAGGAGGACGAGCUUUCCUUUCAGGAAGGAGCGAUCAUUUAUGUUGUCAAAAAGAACGAGGACGGAUGGUAUGAAGGGGUGAUGAACGCCACCACCGGCCUCUUCCCAGGAAACUACGUAGAGUCCAUCAUGCACUACGCCGACUGAGACCUCCUGAGUCUCGCUCACAGGCGAAGUUCAUUUAAUCUGUGGCUCACCUGCUUCGAGCAGUGAAGGUGAACUUUGGUCUGCUUUUUAUAUGUUCCUCCUUUGGGUUCAAACUAUUCAAUUCAGUUGGAUAUUCUGAUUAUUUAUUGGACUGGGUUUUUGUUGGCUUGUUUAUAAAGUGUUUUAAUCUCCCAGAUUAUCUUCAAAAUGAUUCUGUGCGCUCCAUUUAUCUUGGGUGAAUUUCAGGUGAUUUGCUGGUCAUGUUUUACUAAUAAGUUAAUAAUUUGCUUAUACACAACAUGUUUUAGCUGUGAGUAAAUCCAUUCCUCAGAA